GUCAGUGCUCCAGCCUCAUAAAAUAUCGAUAUGUAAACAAGAUUGUGACGCAGAAAACAAUUAAUGAGGCAGUUAGCUGCACUUCCAUAUUUGUACUCUUAAGUUUUUAUUCUUCUUACGAAGCUGGGCCUUAAGAAAUUUGAGAUGCCUUCUUAAUAAGAAAAACGUGACGCAUUUAUCUAUCCAUCAGUAUCCGCUUGCGUCUUUCCUCAUCCGUCGCUAACCACAGGGGAACGGUUGUCAACAUGCACAGAAGGUGAUAAUGAAUUUAAUGUGUUCUAAAGAUGUCUCUUGCGGCGCGCCGGUACAGGCACAGCUGAAAAGUUGAUAUUUUUUGCAGCUGGAAGAGUAAGAUCAAUUUAUUGUACAGUUUUGUUAUUUGGAGUGAAGUGAGGAACAUUAUGCCUGUGAAGAUGCAAAAGCCGGGUGAUAGAGGGAUGGACAAUUUGUGCACCUCUUUUCAGGCCAUCCAUGAGUACAACCAAUCUCACCUAGUCUUUGAUUUGUACAUGGCUGUUGUUUCUGGAGAAACUCAGUUAGUGAGAAAUAUUUUACUUUCACAUCCAGAUGUGGAUUUCAAUAUUCUAGUCAAAGGAGCAACUGUGCUGUCAUUGUCACUGUACAAACGUCACUUUGACAUAUUCGGACUGCUAAUGAGGCACUGUGAAAAGAGCAGGAAAUUAAAUUUAAACAUUUGCAGCAAAGACCACCUAAACCGAAUUGAACCACCAGUAAUUACAGCAUGCAGAAUGCACUUCCUAGAAGGAGUAGUAACUCUAAUAAAUGCUGGAGCAGAUAUUGAUGCAGUGGAUAGCAAUGGCCACACUGCAUUGUGGGUAGCCUCUCGACAACAAAUGCCUGAUCUUGUGGAAUAUCUCAUCUUAAAUGGUGCUAGUGUAAACAAAACGGAUCGUUUUAAUUACACACCUCUUCUCACGGCUUUGACCUACAGAGUUAGCUCAAUUAUCACUAAGACUUUGAUUUUGAAUGGAAGCAGUUUGGAAGGUCCGAAAGUGUCUGUCAUGGCUCAACAAACACCGCUCUUUUGGGCAGCAAAAAGCAAGAAUAUUGAAAUUGUGCGCCUGAUUUUGUCUGCAGGACUGCCUAGCUCUGAAAUCAAGAGUGUUCACCGAGCAUUGCUAAUGGAUGGAGAAGUGGAUUCUCAAAUUCUUAGUCUUUUGAAUUCAGAGUAUCAAAAACCACCAUUGCUGAGGCAGAUUUGCAGGAGGGCUGUGAGGAAUUGUGUCAGCAAGUGCUGCAAUGGAAAAGAUUUUAUUAAAAAUAUAAAUGUUUUGCCAUUGCCUGUUAUUAUAAAACAAUAUUUGACCUUAAAAUGAGCAAUUGUCACUAAAAAAAGUAAAUUAGUGUUGCUUAUAAAUACAUGUACUAAAAGAUGAAAAUCCUUUUCUUAAAAUGUAUUGAGAAAUAUGCAUGCUUAUAUCUUGCCUUUAAAUCUUCAUUAUAGAUAUUAGUUACCUUUGAUGCUAUGUUGAUAUUUUUUAUUAAGAUUUUAAAAUAUCUAAGAAUUGAAUUUUGCAUAGAAUACAUAGUUAUCUAGAUCUGUGUUAUGCUUAUAUUUAUAUAUGUUCUAGUUGUAGAAUUUAAAAAUUCUAUGUUUUCUUUAGCUUUUUUGCCUAAAAGGUUUCUUAGAUUCAUGCAUAAAAAAACACUUGCUGCAUUAAGUUUUCUGAACUAAUUGCACUUCUGUGUAUUGUUUAAGUCUCUGACUUGUGGAAACAAUGAUCAAAGUAAUUGUAUGCACAGUUUCUCCAGAUUUGUAUGAAGAGAAUGAAGACCUUCAUGUAACCUCUUCUGCAUCAUUGGGCCUUGAUCCUUGUUGGAUCUUUAUGUAGAGGUUUCAUGACAGUUUAUAUUUUAAAUGUACAUACAAGAAAUACUGGUAUUUAUUUGUACAGUUAUUGAUUAACCUUACAUGUAUGAGUUUGUUUUUUUUUUUUUUUUUUUUUUUUUGUAUAUACUGAAAAUAUGGAAAAUUGAGUAUUCUGCCAAUUUAAACAUUAAUUAUGUGUUCAAAUUAAUUCAUAUGCUGAUGAAGUCUUCAUCAGGUAAAAUUUCACACUUACAGUAAGAAACUUGAACACUUGUAUAGAAAGCAAUUAUUUAAUUGUUGAAUGUGAAAUUAUUUAAUUGUUGAAUAUGAAAAUGGUAUACUUUAUGUUAUUGCAUUUAUAUAGUUGCUAUAGAUGUUUUUUUGUAGGACUGCAAAGCAGUAUAAAUUGAAUGAUGUUAUGUACCUGUUCAUAAUGCAUAAUGCCAUGCAUGCCAAUUUUUCAUGCACAUAAGAAUUAUUUUUUAGUAUGUGUACUGUGCAUGAAAUUGCCAAACUCUAGUCAUUCUGUGUAUUAUAAUAAUUAUUAUAAAAUACUGAACAUUUUAAUAACUAUCUAACAUGCAUUGCGAAAAUCACUUGUUUUAGUUUAGUUUUAAAUCAUAUAUAAGGUUAAAAAUUUGUAUUCUGACAUAUAUCUUGAUAUUUGUUUUGUAAAAUAUGGCACUUGUUCUUGAAAUUUGAAAUAGUGUGAAGGAUAUGAAGUUGAAAUGGCCAAAUGUGAUUCACUGCAUAGCAUAUUUAAGGUUCAUUGAUACUCUGACAAGAGAGACAACUCUUCAUAGGAUAAAUUUCGAUUUUGUCAAGUUGAGAAUUAAUGUCUUUAUUGACCAGUUUUGCUCUACAAGCUAUACUAAAAUUAUUUGCAUUUUACUUAUGAAAUACAUUUCUUUUGGAAAUUCAUGAUCCUUAAAGCAAUAUUUUAUAUGAGUGAACAGAGGGAUAUGAACCUUAGAUUUUAUUUUGAAGCAAACAUCUGAGAAUAAUGGUAAACAGACAUCUCUACACAGUCCUAUACUUACAGUUAGGAAGACAAUAAAUGCAUUACAUGAUAGAUAUGAUUGUAAAUUGAAGUCUGUGCCAUAUCGAGUAUUCCAAACCUAGGUGUAUUAUGUAAAUGUUAUUAUAAUAGAUCGACAUAAAUUUUUCACAUGUGACAUUAGUUUUAAACUGUGAAAUGAAUUUGAACAUGCAUAUUGAAUGAUUUUUGGGUUUGUAUGUGGUGUUCAAUUAAACAAAAUAUAAACAUGACAUACCAUAUGUUCCGUGACAUAAAAAUAUGUCAGCUAAAUGCCACACUCUGCAUUGUGACAUAAAACAAAAUUGGUGCUUUUUCAAAUUACCAAAUUAAAGAUUGCAUAUUAUACUUCUAAAUUUCAUUUUUGCAAUUCUGUGUUUUCUUUUUUGUUUUGUUGUAUCUCAGCCAUAUGACAUUAAAAGCUUUAAAACUUU